AUGGCCAAAUCAGGCCUGGUUGCUGUCGUGGACCAACAUUCAUCACAGGAUGACUUGGACCUGACAGAAAACCAAAUUCAACAGCUUCUUCUCGAAGCCGAAGGCCGCUUGCGUGGAUCGGAUGUCUCGAUUUCCCAAGGCUCAGAAAUUUCAUCUUUGAGAAUUCCCAAGUUAUCCUCCGGGUCGACCUUCGAGCCAUACGUUCACCAGGGUGAUGACAUCGCAACUGUUGAUUCCGCUCAAUUGGUCGAUUCCAAGCACCGGGAACUUUCCAACUCACUUCACCUACCUCAAGUGGAAGAGUCGAACAAAGGCAAAGCAAAGGCCACCGCUGGCCCCGAAUGGUUCAAUCUUCCUCGAACAGAGAUGACUCCUGAGUUCAAGAGAGAUCUCCAGUUGCUGCGUAUGCGAUCUGUCUUAGAUCCCAAAAGGCACUACAAGAAGGAAAGCGCGAAAGCAAAAGCACCCGAGUUCUCUCAGGUCGGUACUAUCAUCGAGGGCCCCACGGAGUUCUUCCGAGGACGUAUCGCCAAGAAAGACCGCAAGAAGACAUUUGUGGCCGAAGCAAUGGCUUUGGAGCGCGAGAAUGGGCGCUUCAGGUCGAAGUACGAUGACAUCCAGCAGUCCAAACAAAGUGGAAAGAAAGCUUUCUACAACAACCUACGUGCGAAACGAAACAAGAAGCAGAAGUGA